AUGGCGAAUAGUGCAGACAUCUACAAGGCAUCCUCGGUGGCCGAAAUCCGAGCGACGUUGGCAGAGUUGGGCCAGCAAGAAGCCAGCGUGACAGCCCGUCUGGAUGCGCUACUCGCUUCGCAACGCGAUCUCUCGCGUCAAUUGACCAAACUCGACCUUGCGAGAGGUCAUCUAGCCUCGCAGGUUGUUCAGACACGCUCCAUCAGCAAUGGCAUGCUCUCGUCAGCCGCGUCGACGGCCGCCCGCAUCUCCAGCGCCGUCAAUCAACUCGAUCGCGAACAGGCGGCCGUCAAGUCCACAUUGAACGUGGUGGACCAGGUCGCCGAGCUCAAAGCUUGCGUGCUGGGUGUCAAUGGCUCCAUGGGCGCCGCUCAGGACUGGGAGACUGCUGCAUCCUACCUUCACCGCGCUUCCCAGAUCCCCGACCACGUCAUCGAUGGUGCUUUCGCCGAAGAAAUCGUCCCUACCGCCGAAGUCCCCGAUGCGCCGCGAGUCACGCUGAGAGAGGCGUCAGAGAGUCUUUGUGGCUUGUUCCUGCGCGAGUUUGAGAAGGCUACGAGCGAAGGAGAUGGUCAAAAGGUUACACGCUUCUUCAAGCUCUUUCCCAUGAUAGGCAAGUCCGAUCAAGGGCUGGAUGCAUACGGUCGCUAUGUCUGCACUGGUGUGGCACAAAGAGCAAGGAACAACCUGAGUGCGACAAACCAGCGCUCAGACGGCCUCUUCUAUGCCAGCGCCUUGACCAAGCUGUUUGAGCAGAUUGCUUUGAUCGUUGAUGGCCACGCUCCUCUUGUCGAGAGACACUACGGGCAGGGCUCCAUGGCGAAGGUUAUUGAGCGUUUGCAAGCCGAGGCCGACAUGCAAGGCGGCAUUGUGCUUGAUGCCUGGGCAGACGAUCGCAACCUUGCAAGAAAGAUCAAGGACGUCAAAUCAUACGCUUUCUCCUUCCUCGUGCAAAGUUUCCUUCCUGCCCAAAAGUCCACUGCCGCGAGAUCCUCUUCGCCAGCUUCGAGUCGUGCUAGUGAGGAUGAAGGUGUCGACAUGAAAGAAGUCGAUGCUCUUUUGAACGAGUCUGCCAUGAUGUUGAGCCGAUGGGCACUGUACACUCGUUUCGUCGCAACAAAGAUCAAUCCUGGAGUCGAAGAACACAUUGCCUUGCCGGACCUCCUCGCCAACAGCAGGCUGCACCAAAAGAUUACAGAUGCAUUGAUUGAGCCCUUCAACACCAUGUCAACCUUCUUCUUCCGCCGCUCAGUCGAAAAAGCCUUCCAGAUGGACGAGUCCCCCUUUGAUCUCACAUUGAAUCCCAAUAAGCCUCUUGGCUCCAAUCCGCCCUUCAUCACCUCGGCCGUCGACGAUGUCAUGUACAUUGUCAAUCAAAUCUUACAGCGAACGCUCGCCACCUCACAAAGAUCCGUUGUUGCCAGUGUCAUGCCUUCGCUCAGUCGUGUUUUGACUGGCGACUUUUUCGGCAUGAUCCAACGGAAGAUGCGAGACGAGAGCUACCCCAAGGCUGCUAUUCAAGGAGCUCUGCCCCCCGAAAGCGUCAUCAUCUCAUUCUUGGUACUUGUCAACAACCUAGACAUCUCUACCGACUACCUCCGUCGCAUUGUAAAUACCAACCUAGGCAAGGCUGAUCCCAGUCGUCAAGGUCAACAGCAGCAUGCAGCUAUUUCAGACCUUUUCCCCUUCGCUCACGAUGCUGUGUUUGUCGAGACCAGCCUCAGCAAUAUCCUACACGCUUUCGAGUCCAAGACCGGCGACCUCAUCGCCGAAGCAAUCGAAGUGUUGCUAAAGCAAGUCAUGCGCCCUCGCCUUCGUCCUGUCUUUGUUGAAACCUUCCGCGAUGUCGAAUACAUCAUCGACGACGACACCGCCUCGGAAACUACAGAGCCCGACACCUCGGUGCCCCAACGAUUCGAAAGAGGCUGGAUGCAAUUCACCCUCCCCAUAAAACGUAUCCUCACCGAACGAACCUACCACGCCCUCAUCACAAGCACAAUCACCUACCUCUCCCGCGCCCUCGAAAAGCGCAUCUGGAGCUACUACGGCCGAGUCAAUGAAAGAGGAGCUGCGAAACUCGAACGUGAUAUCUCUGGUAUUGUGAAUGCUGCUGUCAAAGGUGGCAAGUAUUCACUCAGGGAUGCGUUUCAGAGGUGUACCGAGAUGACGUUGAUUUUAAAUAUGGAGGAGGAUGAGUGGGAGGAGGUUAGGGCGCAGAGUGUGGAAGAGCAGAGGGAUGCUGGGUUGGAGUGGCAUUUGGAUGCUGGGGAGAGGGCGAGGACCAGGAGUAUCAUGACCGAUAGUAGAUAG